CGCUCUCAAAAGACAGAACGAUGGCAGGGCUUGCGGCCAUUGCUGCCGCCGGCGUGGGAGCUCGCAUCCCCGCGCGCAGCAGCACCGCCACCGUCGUCGGCCUCACGGGCGGCAUCGGCAUGGGCAAGAGCUCCGCGGCCGCGUGGUUCCGCAGGUGUGGCUUCCGCGUGCACGACGCCGACGCGACGGUGCACUCGCUGUACGCAGCGGGCGGCGCGGCGGUCGAGCCGGUGUGCGCCGCCUUCCCGAGCGCGCGCGGCGCCGACGGAGGCAUCGAUCGCGCCGCCCUCUCGGCCGCCGUCGCCACCGCCGGCCGCGAGGCGUCGCUGCAGCGGCUAGAGGAGAUCGUGCACCCGCUUGUGACGGAGGAACGGGCGGGGUUCGUCCGGCGGGCGGGGGAGGAGGGCGAGUGGCUUGUCGUGGUCGACGUCCCUCUCCUCCUCGAGACACUGCGCGACGAGGCGGCCCUGCGAGCCCAGGUGGACGUCGUCCUCCUCGUUUCCUGCAGCGCCGCCGAGCAGCGCCGCCGCUGCCUCGCGCGGCCUGGGAUGAGCGAGCCAAAGCUCGAGUCCAUCCUGGCGAGGCAGCUGCCGGACGCCGACAAGCGCGCGCGCGCAGACUUCGUCGUCGACACCGGCCUCUCGAGCGGCGUCGCGGAGACGCGAGCGCAGCUGGCGCGCUUCGUCGAGUCGGUGCGAGCAAGCCAGCCGGAUCGGUGGGGAGGGUGGCUGCGGCAGCCGCGGGCUUGCCCUGCCCGGGGGGGCGGGCGGGCGGGCGGCGGCGGCGGGUCGGUGGCGUGCAUCACCUUUGACCUGGAUGAGACAUGUUGGCCGACGAUGCCUCCGAUCGACGCCGCGCGGCGGGCGAUGGAGCCGCUGCUGGCUGAGGCGAUGCCGCGCUCGCACGAGUCGGGUGCCCUCGCGAGCCUCGGCGGCGCCUUCCGCGCGCUGCGCGAGGAGCGGCCGCUCAUCGCGCACGACAUGCUCGAGUUGCGCGCGGCCGCGCUGAGCAGGGUGGCGGAGGAGCACGGCGAGGCGCUGAGCUCGCAGCAGGUCGCCGCGCUCGGAGAGGCCUUCAUCACCGCCCGCUCUCAGACCGGCGACCACCUCUUCACCGACGUGGCGGGCACGGUCGCCCGACUGCGCGCCGCGGGCUACGUCGUCGGCGCCAUCACCGACGGCAACGCCGACGUGGCGCGCGACGCGCUCACCGCGCCGCUCUUCGACUUUGCGAUUACCGCCGCAGACGCGGGCUGCCACAAGGGGUCGAUGCCGCCCUUCCUGAUGGCGGCGCAGGCGGCGGGGUGCCACGUCUCCCAGCUGGCGCGACACUCUCGAGAGGACCCGCCAAGCUGAUGAGCAUGAGAGAUCAGCCACCAGCCUGGCCCCGUAGUGCGUCGAGGUAGGCGCACAUCGGAGACUCCAUCUCGGCUAAUCUCGCCUCAUCUCGCCUCACCUCACCGCAGGUGCACAUCGGGGACUCCAUCUCGAAGGACCUGCUCGGCGCACUCCGCUGCGGCGCGCGCUGCGUCCUGCUCACCCGGCCGACCCACCCGCUG